AUGACAGCUAAAGUUAUUGUAUCAGGAGGAACUGGGUUCAUUGCUCAGCAUAUUCUUAAACAAUUAUUAAACCACAACUACAAUGUAGUCACCACUGUUAGAUCCCAAGCCAAAGGUGAGCAUUUAUUACAAUUGUUUAAUUCACCAUCAACAUUGAGUUUUGAAAUUGUUGAGGAUGUCGGUAAGCCAGGUGCAUUUGAUCAAGUAUUGCAAAAGAAUGAAGAUGCCACAGUAUUUUUACACACGGCAUCGCCAUUUCAUUUCAAAGCUAGUGAUAUUGCCAAAGAAUUACUUGACCCAGCAGUGGAAGGAACCAAGAAUGCAUUAAAGGCAAUCCAGCAGUAUGGUAAAAACAUUAAAAAUGUGGUGAUUACUUCAUCAUUUGCUGCUGUAGGAACUGCUAGCAAGACUGCUGAUCCCAAUUAUACAUUUACUGAACAAGAUUGGAAUGAGAUUACAUGGGACGAAGCUGUUCAAAAUGCCGUUAGUGGAUAUAGAGGAUCCAAGACAUUUGCUGAACGAGCAGCAUGGGAUUUCAUCAAGGAACAUGAUUCUCAAUUUGCAUUGUCCACAGUUAACCCUGGUUUCACAUUUGGUCCUCAAUUGUACACAUCGGAGAUUAAAGAUCAAUUAAACACAUCAUCAGAAGUUAUUAAUUCAAUAUUGAAGUUGAAACCAACUGAUUCACUUCCAACAUUUAGAGGAACAUGGGUAGAUGUACGCGAUGUGGCCAAAGCCCACAUUGUUGCUUUUGAAAAUCCUAAAGCAAAAAGUCAAAGAUUGAUUUUAACUGCUGGUAGCUUCACUGAACAAUCAAUUGUUGAUUUGAUCAAUGCUAAAUUCCCCCAAUUGGAUCUUCCAAAGGGUGAACCAGGUACUGAUGCCCAAGUGAUUAAGGAGAAAUUGGCAACUGUUGAUAAUUCAAGAACAAGGGAGAUUUUAGGAUUUCAGUUUAUUGAUCUUGGUAAAUCGGUUAUUGAUUCUGUUCAACAAAUAUUGGAUGCUAAAAAGGGUAGAAAUGUUGCCUUGUAA